GAUGUUUGGCGAUCCUCCCCUUUGGUAGUAUGUGUGUGUUGCUAAAAACAAAAAUAAAAAGAUACGUGUUCUUCGCUCUAUGUUAAAAUAUGAAUAAAGCACGUUGUGUAUAGGAAAUGUCCGAUUAUGUAUGAUUAAUGGGAUGGCGAACGAAUCGAAUCUGCCUAUGUUAACAUCAUUAAUUGCAGGUGGAAUAGCAGGCAUAACUGUUGAUAUGACCUUAUUCCCUCUGGACACUUUGAAAACCAGACUUCAGAGUCCUUGUGGGUUUUUUAAAAGUGGAGGAUUCCACCAUCUUUAUAAAGGAGUGGGAACAGCUGCAAUAGGUUCCAUCCCUUCAGCUUCUGUAUUUUUCUGUACCUAUGAUACUAUCAAGAAGAUGUUUUCAAAACAUGUUGAUCCAGUGUACUUACCAGUAAUUCACAUGGUUGCUGCUUGUGCUGGUGAAACUGGAUCAUGCCUUAUCAAAGUGCCCAUUGAAGUUGUGAAACAAAGGCAGCAAGCAGCAUUAGAUAAACUAUCACCCCUGCUUAUCUGCAGACGGGCUAUUGAAGCAGAAGGUUAUUUAGGAUUAUAUCGUGGCUUUAUUACAACAGUUCUUCGAGAAAUACCAUUUGUUCUGAUACAGUUUCCAAUGUGGGAAUGGUUGAAAGCACAGUGGUACUAUGCUAAAAAGAAAAAUCUCGGUGUUAUUGAAGUGGCAGUCUGUGGCUCAGUAUCAGGUGGGAUUGCAGCAGCUGUAACAACACCAUUGGAUGUAGCCAAAACUAGAAUCAUGUUAGCAGAGAAGAAUAUAUAUUCCCAAGUUGACUUUACAAGGUUUCAAACUGCUGCUGUGCUUUUAAGUAUCUACAAGGAACGAGGAAUUCAAGGUCUGUUCGCUGGUUUUAUACCACGUACUCUAUGGAUUACGCUUGGAGGUGCUGUGUUCUUUGGUGCAUAUCAAACAGCAGUGGACUUCUGUUCAAAUUUAGAUGUACUGAGAUAGAAAAUGCAGUUUAUUACUGUCUUAAUUUUGUUAAACCAUCAUUUGAAGAUACAUGUACUCUGUAUGAGAUGUGCUUUAUGUAAUUUCAAAUGAACAUAUUGUGAAGCAGAUCAGUAAUUAAUUGUGGAUUAAGAUGAAUAUGAUCAACCUUAUCAUACUAUCCUUUGUGACUGCAGUUUUUCUGGUCUUCAUGUUGCACUUAAUUGUUCUGGUGUUCAUACUGCACCCAUCUGCAACUGAUGCUCCUCUUCUUGACUCACAUGCAGCACACAGUUUUGUACUCACUAUGUCCACACAAUGAAAGAUUAUCACUUAACUCCACUCACCUUAUAAAGCCAUGUAGAAAGUUGUGCACUGAUCCACAAGCCUCGAGAUGUUACUGCCUGUUUCUUCCACCACCAGCCAGAAGCUGUCAGAAUGUUCAGUGCACUCAAACUGCUUGGCAUCAAUUGUGGCUACCUGCAGUAGGGAGGGAGGGGGGUACUUGUGCUUGUGUGAACAGCCCCAUAAUAAAUGCUCGUGCUCUGGCUGACAUCACAGCUGUACACACUAUAUUAUGUAACAUUUAAAUUAUAAACUCAUUAUUUCCUCAACAGAGUACAUAGUAAAAAUGUUACUUAAAGCUGACAAUGUAUUUUUCAAUGGCAACUAUUUUCACCGAUAUUUGUUUUAACAAAUUUUAACAAGACUUCUUCGAGGUGAAUAGGCAGAUGAAGACUGCCAACGAGCUUGGGGAUUGUACAUUGUAUUUCCAAGAUAUGCUGAGAUCUGUUGCAAAGACAUUCCAUUAUAUUGAGUUCGGACGAAUAUAUGGAUAAAUAAAUAAAUUAUAUAUUAAAUAGACAGAGAGAGAAUGCACAUUUAUAUUUUAUUUUGUAAAAACUUUUCAUUCUUUUAAGUUUAGUCUCAUAAAAACUCUUUUAAAAAUAAUGUUUCUUAAAGAGAGCAAAUGUAAUUACUUUACUCAUUCCAUCAGAACCUGUGCAAAAUUAAGCUUACAAAGUUUGGAAUGUUGAAAUAAUUUAAUAAUUUAUACAGUAGAUUCUUGAUUAUUUGGGGUCAGAUUUGAGAUCUAUCUGGUUUAAAUGAAAAUUAAAAAUGAAUUUAGAAAAUCUGUUCCAAGAGCUGGAACAUUUAAAAGAAAGGAAUAAAUGCAACAGUGACAUUACUUAAUGUAUUAACAUGAAUCAGUUGUUGCUAAAACCUGAAAUGUGCGACAAUAUAAUUUUAUUACUAUCUGCUGGAAUCUCUUUUUAAAAACAAAUGGUAUGUAAUACAUUAAAUUUUAUAUAAAAUCCUCUGUUAAUGGUAAAUCUUUAAAAAUAUAAAUAGUGCAUAUCUGUAAAUAAAGUUAUGUAAUUUUUACACAUGUUCUGUUGACAGUCUUUCAUUUCAUGAAAAUGGUGUGCACAUCAACACAUUCAAAUUCAAGAUAAUUGCUUGUAUACAUACUUGUUUACCAGGUUAAAAAUACAGCUUUGGACUCUG